AUGGAGGGAUCUACUGGUCGAAUUCCCAACGAGGGUGAGCGCGAAGUACAGAGCGCUCGUCCGGCAAACCCGAGUCCUCCCUCUGAACACGUCCAGGAGGAACAAGAAAUUGGAGGUUCUCCUGCUCCCAGCCCGUCCAUACGCGGGACGGUCUUGGAUGAGCCAAGGACGGCCAGCUCAUCAAAUCCUGCUAGCGGCUCAGAAGAGCCAUCAACAACCUCGUCUGAAAUAAGACGACGGCUAGGGCCCCUUUCUGACCCUAGAUUCAUCUUGGCUGACAACACAUGGCUAGGACGAAUAGGUUCGGACCUUAGACCUUUCUCUUUGGCCAUGCCCAUGCCAGGUUACCAAUUCGUUCUCCCCGGCCGGGAGGACACCAUACUUAGCGCCCCUUCGGGUCAUUUUGCCGUUUACCGCCUGGCCUUAGAUGCCGGCUUGCGAUUUCCUCUUCAUCCCUUCAUCAGCCAAGUUCUUCACUACUACGGCAUAGGACACAACCAACUAGCCCCCAAUUCUUGGCAAAACAUCCUCACUUUUUUGGCCGUUUGCAAUCUAAAGGGGAAAAACCCUUCUUUGGCCGCCUUCACCCAUAUUCAUUAUGUUUCAAGGGUUCCCAGGACAUUUGAGGGAAGCUGGCUGAGCGUUUGCAACCGUCAAGGAUUCUUGACGUCCUGGGACAAAACAUCUAAGAUGCACUCUUGGAAGGGUGAGUUUUUAUUCAUUCAAGCUCCCGAUAAAGCGGUUGCAAAAAGGCUUCGCUAUUUUAGCCGGGCCAAUACCAACACUGGACGGAUGGCUUCAUUUCUAGAGUUAGAGGAUAAAUCGGCCGAGGAGAUGGUGGAAUACUUCCGGAUUUCGGAGUACUCCAUGGAAAAGUCUCCUUCAAGGGUCCGUCCAACUGGAUCCCCUUUAAAGAGAUAUUCAGUCAGAAGUAAGCUAAAAAAAUCUUGGAUAGGAGACAUGAGCUCGUCCAGAUUUGCAGACAAUCUCUGGAAGGAAUACAGCAAGUCGGGCGCUGAAAAGCGGGCCGACACACUGAAAAAUGCCCCAACAUCUAGGGCUUUGGCCGAGAAGGCAGCGGCCAAGAAACGGCCGGCGGGAACUAGUGAAGCUCCUCCCCCAAAGAAAGCAAAGGGCUUCACCGCCAAGAAAAAGAAGUCGACACGGCCCGCUCCUAAGGUCGUGAUCGAGAUUCCGGCCAAAGAGGAGGCCAAGGAGGAGCCGUCAGAGAUUGGCUCUCUGGCUCUAGUGACCUAUGCUGGGCCUGCCGAGCAUCCUACAGCCUCACAACCUGACGAGAUGCCAACUGCAUAUAGGACGGCUUCCCGUUCCUCUGAUAAAGGGAAGGGUCCACUAGCUGAUGGAUCUCCUAUUCUCUCUGAUGACGAAUCUUCUCCGGCUUUCGGAAGGAUGUCAUCAGCCGAUCGGGAAAAGCUCAAGACGGAGCUCUUCAAGUGUUUCCCUGAACCUUAUAUUAAGGGUUAA